AUGGACGCAACAACCCUUUCCAGCAACUGGAAGAAGCUACAGGCCACACUCAACCAAGGCAGUGCCGUGAAAAGUACAUCAACGGUCAAGCGCAAGGCUGCAGACCGCGACUCGGCGACCGUGUCUGUGAAGAAACGCAAGUUUGUCGAGAAAGACCAGUCUAAGGCACGAACCUCCCAGAGCACCUUCAGGAAACGGAGGAUGUUGGAUGAAUCUGCCAAUGCCGGCCUAGAGGGCACCGACUCGGGCUCAACGACAGUCCGGCGAAGAUCCAGCACGGUCGCGUCUACUCCCACAGUCCCAGUAUCACGGACUGCAAAGGUGAACGAGGGCCGUUCUCCAAGUGCGGAAAUCGGAAAAUACAUUGCCAUGGAUUGCGAGAUGGUGGGCGUGGGUCCCAACCCCGACAACGACUCGGUUCUCGCCCGUGUCAGUAUUGUCAAUUUCAACGGUGACCAAGUUUAUGAUUCAUACGUGCGACCGAAAGAGAUGGUGACCGAUUGGCGGACUCAUGUCAGUGGCAUUGCCCCCAAGCACAUGGUGGAAGCCCGCACGCUGGAACUGGUCCAGAAGGAGGUUGGAGAGAUCAUGGAUGGACGUGUGUUGGUGGGCCAUGCGGUCAGCAACGACCUGGAUGCAUUGCUCCUGGGCCACCCGAAGCGCGACAUUCGCGAUACCAGCAAGCACCCGGAGUACCGCAAGAUCGCCGGCGGUGGAUCCCCACGACUGAAGAUGCUGGCCGAGCAUUUCCUGGGGUUGAAGAUUCAAGACGGGGCUCAUUCGUCCGUGGAGGAUGCGCGGGCGACGAUGGCAUUGUAUCGUCGGGAAAAGGAUGCGUUUGAACGGGAGCAUCUGAAAAAAUGGCCGGUGCGGAACGCGCCCGUCAGUUCGACGACGGGUGAGCAGAAGAAAAAGAAGAAAAAGAAGAAGACCACGCGCAAGCGGUGA